ACGAGCUGAGCGCGUUCAGAGACGGUCAGUCCACAGGCGGUAAAGCAAGGAGGAGACGCCAAAGUGCGGAUUAAACAGGAAGCUUUUCGUUUUACCACAUUGAAGUUGAAAGAAGGAUUUGAUAAGAGGCUCCAGUGUCUAAUGGGGACCGCUUGGUUUGCGGUUUGUGGCGUUUUAAUCGUCGCCUUGCAGGUGGCGGCUGUGGAGGAGACGUCAUGUGUGCCUGGAUUUGAGUCCGAGCUGCUGAUAUUCAAAGUGACCAGAAAGCACCUGAGGCAAGGCACCAGACUGGGCAAAGUUGGCUUCACAGACUGCACGGACCGCAGGCGAUUUCUUUUCAGCACCGAUGACAGCCGUUUUCUGGUACAGCCAGAUGGAGUUUUGGCUGUUAAGAGACAAGUUGUUCUUCAUGAGGGCCACAGAGACUUUUUCAUCCACUCCUGGGAUUCAAAGGGUCAGAAGUUGACUGUUCCAGCCAUGGUGAUGUAUGAUGGUCAUCGCCAUGGAAAUAACCACCCUAACACUGAGCACCAACAUGGUCAUAAACCAAACGGCCAGCUCCAUGAUCAGACUGAGAUGGACGCUGCAGCAGAGCAGGAUGCAGCGAAUCGAGAGGUUCCCGUCCUGCUUUUCCCCAAAUCUAGUGGCGGGCUGAAAAGGAGGAAGAGAGACUGGGUUAUCCCUCCAAUAAGUGUUUCUGAGAAUCAGAGGGGACCAUAUCCUUAUAGGCUUAAUCAGAUACGCUCUAGUGAAGACAGCAAAAAGACGAUCCAUUACAGCAUCACUGGUCCAGGAGCAGAUCAGCCUCCCAUUAAUCUUUUCACCAUGGACAGGAAUACUGGUAAUCUGUAUGUCACACAGGAACUGGACAGAGAGAAACAGGCGGAAUACAGGAUCUGGGCUCAUGCUGUGGCAGAGGGAAGUUCUGGAAAUGCAGAAGAUCCUAUGGAAAUAAUAAUCAAAGUGAUCGACCAGAAUGACAAUAAACCAAUUUUUAAUCAGACUACCUACGUGGCAGAAGUUCCUGAGGCCACACCAAAAGGUACUGAUGUAAUUAAGGUCGUGGCCACAGACGCCGAUGAGGCUAAUAAUGACAACUCUGAAAUUGCCUACCGUAUUGAGAAACAGUUGCCAGAAGAACCAUCGCCUGACAUGUUUAUUAUCAACUCUGUUACUGGAGCCAUCAGAGUUAAUGCUGCUAGGCUGGACAGAGAGAAACACCCUGAGUACACACUGGAAGUAAGCGCUGCCGACAUGAAAGGAGAAGGCUUAGCUGGUUUUACCAAAGUGAUUAUCAAGGUGACGGACAGCAACGAUCAUGCUCCGGUUUUUACCGAGACAUCUUACAAAGCAACAAUUGACGAGAAUAAAGUAGAUGCUGAAGUUGUUCGGAUGUUGGUGACAGACGGUGAUGAGCCACAUUCUUCCGCCUGGAAUGCGAAGUUCAAAAUCGUCGGUGGAGAUCCUGGUAAUUUUUUCACUGUGAAAACCGGAAGUAACAAACAAGAAGGAAUCAUUACUACUGCGCAGGGUCUGGACUUUGAGAAAAUUAGCAAGCAUACCCUGCUGGUUGAAGUGCUGAAUGAAAUUCCUUUUGCUAUUCAAUUGCCCACUUACACUGCCACAGUGGAGGUGACUGUAAACGACGUCAAUGAAGCCCCGAUAUUUAAACCAAAAGAUCCCACUGUGAUCACAUCGGAGAGCCUUAAAGAGGGUACCAACGUGGUGAAGCUCAUUGCAGAGGAUCCAGACACAGCACGCAAACAGAAAGUCAUGUUUAAAAUGUAUACAGACCCAGCUGGUUGGCUAGAGGUCUCUGAUGAAGGUCUGGUCACAGUGAGGAACGAAAUGGACAGAGAAUCCCCCUUGGUGAGCGAGGGGAAAUACAUGGCUGUUAUUCAUGCUUAUGAUGAUGAUCAAGUCCCAGCCACUGGAACUGGCACUUUGACCAUUAUACUUGAGGAUGUGAACGACAAUGCCCCAUCCAUAGAGCAACGGGAAUUCAUGGUGUGUAACAAGAAACCACCUCCUCAGAUCUUGAAUGUAACGGAUAAAGAUGGUCCGGGCAACACUUCUCCAUACAGAGUCAUCUUGCAUGACACAGCAAAGGUUAACUGGACUGCUAAAAUGGAUGACACCAGAACGGCUAUUGUUCUGAGUCUAACCCGUGAGUUGGAGGAAGGAGAAUACAGCGUCCGGAUGACUGUUACAGACACUGGGAAUCAGUUUCAGGAGAGCACAGUCAAGGCUCGUGUUUGUGAGUGCACUGGAGAAGAAGUCAUGUGCAAGGGAAGAGCUGCUGCAGGCUCAAACCUUCCCGUCAUCCUGGGAAUACUCGGAGGCAUCCUGCUGCUGCUCAUGCUCGUCCUCUUGCUGCUUCUGUUUGCAAGAAGAAGGAAGCCAGAGAAGGAACCACUUCUACUCCAAGAUGAUGACAUUAGAGACAACAUCUACUACUAUGAUGAGGAGGGAGGUGGAGAGGACGAUCAGGACUUUGAUCUUGGUGUCCUCCAUCGUGGUUUGGACAACCGCCCCGAGGUGUUCAGGAAUGACGUGGCCCCAAUGUUUAUGACGGCACCUGUAUACAAACCUCGACCCGCCAAUCCGGAUGAUAUCGGAAACUUCAUUGGUGAUAACCUGAAGGCAGCAGAUAACGACCCGACUGCUCCUCCCUAUGACUCCCUACUGGUGUUUGAUUAUGAAGGAGGAGGUUCUGAAGCUGGAAGCCUUUCCUCUCUGAACUCAUCCAGUGAUGGAGACCAGGACUAUGACUGCCUCGCCGACUGGGGCCCACGAUUCAAGAAACUGGCAGACAUGUACGGAGGAGGAGAUGAUGACAUGCUGUAAAUGUAAAAAACCAAAAAAAAAACGGCAGUAUGCAGCUGAACUGUGCUGAAAAUGCCGCUUGCAGAUUGUACGUCGUUCCCACUGGCAGUUAAAAGCCAAAGCACAGAGGCUAAAGAAAGAAUAGCUUUGUUUGACGUUUUUUAACAUUUUUCUAAUUUUUUCUUGUUUUUAGGCAGUCCUAAAAGGCUUUUCUAUUUCUUAGAUUUUUAUUUUAGUGCUUAUACUGGACAAUGGAAAAAUAUGGUACUUCCUCCUUUUUGUAAUAUUUUUCAGUUUUAUAUUUUUGUUUUAUGGAUGGAUUAAUAACAUUUCAGAAACUAUAAUCCUGAUGGCCAGCUGAGGUGAGUCCCACUUUGGACCACAUUUAUUUGGACAAUAAAUGCCUUUUGUAACCAGUUCACUAAACUGCUUUGCUUAAAUCCUCAUGCAUUAAUUUCGGUUUUAUUGUAUUGCAAAUGCAUUGUUUUACCCUUUUUCUUAAUAUAAAGUCAAUAUUUGUUUUA